AUUUCAAAAUAAUAAAAAUGGUUUUAAAAUAUAUGAAUAUUUUACAAAGCAACAUUUAAUCGUAAAUAGCUUCGAUGAAAGUUCUUCUCCGAUUGUGUGGAAUUUAAUUUCUUGUGUGAUUAACGAAAAAAAAAAUAAAAUAAUUUUUUUCGCUCUCGCGGUGUCGAAAGAAAAGAAGGAAAUAAAAACUUCUGAAUCAUAAUUCUGCUGAACGAGGGAUUCAUUAUUCAUUUGGACGUUAACAAUGAACGAUGAUUUCACAAGUCGGAACUUCAGCUAUGGACUAACCGCAGACAUUCAUAAUGAUUCAAAGGGAAAAACGCCUGACUCCUUGCUCGAUAUCGCAGCGAGAAUUGUCGCUGAGAAUGAACCUUUCCAGAAGGUUGAGGAAAAAUAUGAUCGCAUUCCCGAACCUGUACAGCAGAAGAUCAUAUUCUACUCAUUUCCAAGAGAUGAACGGGACAUUCAAAUGUAUAGCUCGCUAUCGAGGGCAUCAGCUUACAAUGCAUCUGAUUCGCAAAGUCUGAGCUUCAGCAAAGGAUUAAAAUUACUGGAGACCAAUUGUGUGGAGAAUGUUCUUCAAGUUGGAUUUCAUUUGAGCGGUGAAGUCUGGACGAAUCCACCAAUAGUGUCAGAUGCAAAUAAAUCAAGAUCAUCGUCACAAAGUAAUCAACAUAGCUCGCUGCCUCUCCUUCCACCGUAUCCAUCACAAAAUAAUCUCAACAUUAUUCAUCAGAACAACGCCGCCAACAACAAUAACAACGCAAAUAACAACAUUAACAACGUUGGCGUGUAUGAGAGAAAUAUCAAUAAUGAUCCGAGCGUUGUUCCCUAUAGUGGCGAUGAGAAUAAAAAAUUUAAAGUCUCCGUUAGUUUUGACAGAUGCAAGAUAACAUCAGUAAAAUGUAGUUGUGAUACAAAAGAUAUUUUCUGGUGUCCACAUGUCGUUGCAUUGGCGCUUCAUCGAAUUCGCAAUGCAUCAAGUGUCAAAUUGCGUGUUCCCAUUUCGGAAACCUUGUUGCAAAUGAAUCGUCAGCAAUUGCAGAAGUUUGUGCAAUAUCUUAUUGCCGAGCAUUACACUGAAGUUCUACCCACAGCACAAAAACUUGCUGAUGAGAUAUUACGACAAAAAACUGAAAUCAACAUAAUAUCGGGGGCGCCAGAUCCAACAGCUGGUGCGUCAAAGGAUGAUGAGAACUCGUGGCAUUUGGACGAAGCGCAGGUGUGCGAAGUGGUGCGAAGUUAUUUGGGUCAAGGAACUUAUUAUAACAACAACAAACAUUUGAAUUGCUUGUUUGGAAAAGUUCGUGAGAUGUUACGAGCACAAGACUCGAAUGGUGCCAGAAUGUUGACUUUAAUCACCGAGCAAUUCCUUCACGAUCCUCGUUUGUUAGUUUGGAAGUCACAUGGACAAGCAAUGUCUGAAAAAUGUCGUCAACUUUGGGAUCAACUCGGAUCACUUUGGGUUUGCAUUGUUCUCAAUCCACGUUCAUCACAAAUCGAACGAAAUCAUUGGAAAGAGUUGCUCGAAUCAUGGUCGAAAAUUGAAGUUUGUCCUCAGGAAGAUCCCGAUUUUCGACCCCCUGGUAGGGAGAGUCACCGACUUCGAUCUCAACGUGAACAGAGUGAAUCAGAUGAAGAAAUGGAAGAGAAUAAUGAAGUAAGAAAUCCUAUGGAUGUUGAAAAUCGCGACAUAAUUCCAGGACGUGCAUUGAUGGAUGUGCCAGUUGAGAAUUUAUUUGAGGUGCCGAAAGAUGAAGACAAUGAUCGUUUAAUCGAACGAAUUAAUAACUUCAUUGAAGAAGAAGAUAACGCAGUGAUGAAUGAUUUAUCAGCUGAUCAACGUGAUGUUCAAGAAGCAGGCGAAGAUGCCGAGUUGUUUAAAUUUGCACUUCCAGCUUUGAGAGAUAACGACGAUAGUAGUCGUGAAUCGAUGGAUGAAGACCAGAUUCGAGAAGAGCAUGAGAUUCUUGAAAGCAUUAACAAUCUUAAUAAUGGUAAAGAUGAAUGUGAGAAACGCUUAGAAGACUUUGAUGAUGAAUUUCUUCCCGACCAAAAGGAGAUUUUGAAGAUGAACAACUUAAACUAUAUUGAUGAACAUGAACAUGAAGAACUUGAACAUUCGAAAGAGCUCGAUGAGCUUCAAAACAUUCCCGAUAAUCAACAGAUUAAAGAAGAUGAGAAUAAUGAAGUUGCCAAUGACGAAUUGCCAAAUAAUCAAGCACAAGACGAUGCACACGAGGAAGAACAUAAAAAGAAGAAAAACCAUCGAACAGCGGCUGCGGCUGAUGUCGAUAACAAACCUAACAAGAAGUUGAAACUUAACAAUGGAUCGUCUGUUGCAAAGACAACAACAAAAGUUCCUCGUACAAUUUUCCAUAAAGCUCUCGACGCUGUCAAUAUGACAUGGGACAAUAAUCAUUUAAAAUUGAUUUUAGCAAGCGACACUUACUCGCUGGCGAGUGAAAAUGCUGUUCAAAUAGCAGGUUCGAGUAAAAUGACGACUGCCAACAGUACAUCGUCAAAAUCAAACUUCAAUGCUCUGGGACAACCGCUUUGGUAUGAGCCAAUGGCAAUGUGCGCUGCUCGCAUUGAUAGUUUAAGAUCUCAUGGUCAUAUUGAUGCUGCACUUCGACUUAGUGUCAGCGUUGUCAGAACAAUGAAACAGGUUCAACAAGAUGCUCAACAUUUGUGGCAUAAAUGUCGAAAACAAUUUCCAACUACUUCAAUAAAUUCAUUGAAAUUGCAAAAUGGAUCAUCAUCAUCAUCAUCAUCUAACAAUAAUAAUAAUGAAAAUUCAAUGCAACAAUAUCAACAACAUAAAGAUUGCCAUAAAUGUUCUGAUGAAAGCAACAGCAAUGGACAAGAUGAAGUUAAUGAGAAAGUAAAUCAAUUAAACUCAACACCAUCAAAGACAUGCCAUCAAAAUUUCUCUCAUUACCCACCGAAACAAUCGUCAAGUUCAUCGUCUGGAUCAUCAUCAUCGUCAUCGAUAAAAAAUUACAAUCAUGAGAUGCCACCACCCCCACCAAGAAAAGUAAUGACUCAAUGCAUGUGUCAUCAUUACACGCCACCACAACAGCAUUUACAUCAUAGCCAACAACCAAGUCAAGGAUAUUACAUGAAGAAUAACGGCCCGGGAGGUUGUCAACAACCAUUGUGUCAUUAUGGUCACAACACAAAUGGAAGUCGUCAUCACAACAUUCCUCAACCACCAAACCAUCAUCAUCAUCACCAUUCACUUCCACUUCCAAUGCCACCACAUCAACAUCAGCAUCGUUUAAAUAUGCAACCUGGACCGAGUGGAUCUCAAAAUAAUUUAUAUCCACCUGGACCUUCCUCAUCAUCGUCAUCAGGAUCAUCAUCAUCGUCAUCAGCCAAUCAUGGAUCUCAUAAAUUUUACGAUUGUAAAAAUCUUCCACCGCCGUGUUCUGCUGGUCCAAUGAGUACAUGUGCAAUGCACCAGAAGCGUCCAUGUAUAAAGACAAUGUGUUGUGCAAUUGUGCCACCACCUGAGAAGCAUCAGCAUUAUUAUCAGCGGCCACAUUGCAGUGGUGCACCGAAAUAUGAUUACAUGAGUAAAUAUCCAUUGCCAGGUCCAUCAUCAGCAUCGUCAUCGUCUUUCUGCAAUGGAUGUAUGAGAAGUAAUUGCUUGUUGAAGACACAAAAUCCUCCUCAAAUUAUGCCAAACAUUCCUCAACAUCCACCAAUGGCUCAACAACCUCCACCACCGCCACCACCCAUUCAAAUUCAAUCAAAUGUCACUUUGUGCAAGAAUUGUAAGACGAGUGAACAGAAAUCGAUAGCAAAGUUAUCAAUUCCACCAAUUCCAAUUGAGAAGAGUACUGCUGACAGUUCAAAAUAUAACAUCGUUAAUUAUGGAGCGUCGACAUCAAAAGGUGCAAGCUCAAGUUCAUCAGCAGUGAUGACAACACCACCACAAGUGACUACAAACGAUACAAAAUUAUCAAAUAAGAAGAAUCCAAGUUGUGUAUCGAAAUGUCUUGACUGUUCUGUUGGAUGCGAAAUUGAUUUUCCACUCGAUGCUGUUGCAUGUAUUUUUGAUUGUUUGACUGAAUCAUGCAUUACAACAACAGACGUUGUUCGAUUGAAUGGCGGUGCUGUGGAAGAUUCAAAUAUCAUUGCACCGAAAUAUAAACAUAUCCAAGUUCCCGGAUCAAAAGACUCAAAUGAAACAUUCCUAACAUUGGCAUUUGAAGCAGCAAUCUUAGCAUUGGGCAAACAGAGAAUUAUGCCGCAAGGUUUAUACUCGCAACAUUUGAUUUGCAAGCAACAAGAUCAACUCAUUGCUCGUUUAAGAAAUGUUGAUUUAGAUCAACUUCUCGUUGAAGUUAUUAAGAAUCUCAGUUCACAAAUGAUGGACGGUGGUCCGACAAGUGGUUUUGGGGAAUCAAUUCAUCCCGAAUCUGUUCCAAUGCAUACAUUAGCGAGAUUUCUUUUUGCUUCGCUUUUAAAUCAACAUCCUGAUUUGGCAUUUAAAAUUGGCUUGCGAGCUAUGAGAUUUCCUAUUUUUGAGAAUCUUAACAACACAUCUGUUGAUGGUCCAUCAUCACCUUCAUCGCCAUAUGCACGGUGGUGGACUUUGGGACAUUUAGAAAGUCAGCAAUGUUCGUUAAGCUCGACAAUGUUAAGUGCAAGUAAAGGCGAUAAAGUUCGUUUGUCAGCUGUACUUGAAAACGCUCGACACAACAUUCAUAGCUCGACACAUUUAUUCAAGUUAGCGCAAGACGCUUUUCGAUUUGCAACGCCUGAGAACGGCCCACGAUCUCAUACUUUAUUGGAAGUUGCAUUUGAAUUGGGCUUGCAAGUUAUGAGAAUGACACGAACAUGUAUUAAUUGGCGUCGACGUGAAAUGGUUCGGUGGUUGGUAACAUGUGCAACACAGUUGGGAUUAGAAGCAACAUUGUCGAUUAUGCAAAACUGGUAUGAAUUAUUUACACCUACAGAAGCCACUGGACCUGUUGCAACGACAAUAAUGUCACAUUCAACAAUCAUGAGAUUAAAUUUGAAUAUCAAACAGCAAGAAGAAUUAUCGAAUUGUGCAAGAACAUUAGCAUUGCAAUGUGCAACGAAAGAUCCACCAAAUUGCGCUUUAAAUGCAUUAACAUUAUGUGAAAGUGAUCCGAUGGCGUUUGAAACUGCUUAUCAUAUUGUUAUUGAUGCAGCUAAUCAUAUAAUGACAAGUAGUCAAUUGUUUACAAUUGCAAGAUAUAUGGAACAUCGUGGCUUUCCUGUUCGUGCUUAUAAUUUAGCAAUUUUGGCGAUGAAAAAUGUUCAUUUGGCUUAUAAUCAAGAUUCACAUCCAGCAAUAAAUGACAUUCAUUGGGCUUGUGCUUUGUCACAUACACUUGGAAAGGCUGAACUGUCGAAGAUGAUACCGUUGGUUGUUAAAAAUGUUCAAUGUGCGACAGUCUUGUCUGAUAUUUUAAGACGAUGCAGCGUUCCAAAUCCGGGAAUGUCACAUUUCAGUGGACAUCAUCGUGGCAACAACAUGCGAUCAUGUAAUAAAUUGAGUUAUGAUCGUGAGCCGUUGAACCAGUUGCUUGAAGCUGCAAUCUCAGCUUAUGUAAAUACGACGCAUUCAAGAUUAUCUCACAUUUCGCCACGACAUUAUGGAGACUUUAUUGACUUCUUAAGCAAAGCGCGAGACACUUUUGUACUUGCACGUGAUGGUCCUGCUCACUUUUCACGUCUUAUUGAAAACAUCACAAUUGCUUACAAGGGAAAGAAGAAGCUCGUUCGUCAAGUACGAUUUAAUCUUUUUGUGUUCAAACUUCAACAAUUUGUUCCUCAAGUUGAAGACGAUUAAAUUUAUUAUCAUUUUCAAUCUUCUUUAUUUUAUUAGAUAGUUAAUUUCAUAAUGAAAAAAAAUGAAAAUUCUUUCAGUGAUUAAAUCUCUUGUUUCGUUAAAUCUUUUUUUUUAUUAUUCUUCAUUCUUUAAGAAAUGAUUUACUUACUUUUACAUUAUAUUUCUAACCAGAUCUACAAAUUAUGAUUUGAAUUGUAGGUCAGGUCUAAUGUUUUCUUUUUCUUUAUCGAUUCUAUGUUUUAAAAUGAUUUAUUCUUUAGACUUUAUCCCUUUUUCUUUCUUCCAAUAAGGAAAUAUAAACUUUCAAAUCACACAAAAAACUAAAAUUAGGAAUGCUAAAAAAAGGAAUUAAAAUAAUUUUCAAACCAAGAUCUCAUAUUAAGAAGAAGAGAGAAGAGAAAUAAAAAUAAAAGAAACUAUUAAGUAUAACGAAUACAUAUUGAACAGAUGCAGAAACCUAUAAAUAAUUAACCAUUCCACACGAAAUGCGCAUAAAAUAUUUAAAUAAUCAAAAAUUCACACUCCAUGAAAUAAUAAAGAUUUUGUUGAAUUUUGUUCGGAUUUUAUUUUAUUGCUGAUGAUAACAAGAAAAUGAAACAAAAUUUUUCCUUCCUUUUACAAACACUUUCAUUUAAAUCUUUAUUUUGAUAUCUUUAAAGAAAACAAACAACCAAAUAAUUGCCAACUAUAUUGAAAUAGAUUGAAAAGUUACAAAGUGACUUGAAACACUUUAUCCGCAUCAAACCAACCCACAAGUAACUUUUACGAACCAGAAACCAAAAACAAAAAAUAUUAAACUACAAACUUUACAAAGAACAAUAGACAAAUUAAAUUAUUUUUAUUAAGUACUAAAAUUAAUUUUGAGUAAUGAAAUAAGCCUAUAAAAAGAUAUCCACAUAAAAUAAAUAUCAGUAAGUUAUGUAAUAAUAAACUUUACAUAAAUAUAAGGAGACAGAUAGUACGACAUACAUAAAGAUAUUUAUGUAACAGAAAAUAGCAAAGAAAAGAUUUUUCUUAAACCAUUACAAAAGUAAAAAAUAUCACACAGCACAGCGCAGUUUAAGUUUAAUCAAAUAUAUGAUUCAUUGAAAUGAAUAUGACAGAGCUACCUCUCUGAUGUCUAAGCAAAACAAAAACUCUCUUAUAUGAUAAAUUCUAAACCUAGCAGUGUCUGAUUUAGAACUUUACCAUAGUUUUAGUUGAACUCUUACUUUUUCUCUUUCUUCUUGAGUUGGUGAUGUUAAGCAAAGUCUUAAUCUGAUCAGGAAAAUUUUUAAUCGAAUAAUAUGGAUGAGUAAAUAAAUAAAAUAUGAAAUGAAAAAAAAAUUAAGAGCAAAUAACGCAGUAUUAAGUUAAAUAGGAGUAGAUUAAGCUGUCGCUAUGAAAAUGUGAGGGUGGAGAAAUGACAAAGGAGUGAGUGUCACCCACAAACUGAUGAGUUCUAUGGCUGCUUUUAGCCCAUGAUUUUCUACCACUAAAUAAGAUUAAGUGAUCGAUCUCUUUUUAUCCAUUUCUACCUUACGUUUCCAUAUAAGUAUCUAUAAUAUUUAGGAAAAGUUCUUUCGGUACUUCCAUUUAUCAUUUAGCUUAGUAAAGGAAAAAAAAUUAGAUGAAAUUGAGAAGCAAAUUAAUUAAAAAGUUUUAUGACUGAGUUUCUUAUGAAUUUUUAGUACAAUUUAUCUUUACGUUAUUAAUAUGAAUCAUCACGUUUAACAACUUUUUUGAUUUAAGGUAUCGCAAGCUUUAUUUCAAUGCAA